AUGCCUGUAUUGAUGAACCUGACAGAGGUUAAUCAGUCUGAUGGCUGUGAUCAUUUCUCCUGUCCAGAGAGAUCUGUAUCUCCUGCAGUUUAUAUUUUACUGUACGUGUGUUCAGCUGCUGUGGUUCUGCUAACAGUGUGUGGAAAUCUGCUCGUCAUCAUCUCUGUUCUUCACUUCAAGCAGCUUCACACACCAACAAACAUGCUGGUGCUCUCUCUGGCUGUGUCAGAUUUCUUCAUUGGAGCUUUAGUGAUGCCACCAAUGUUCAUCUGGACAAUCGAGUCAUGUUGGAUUUUUGAUAAGGGGUACUGCAUCACUUUUUUGAUUAUUGCUUAUAUUUUAACAAGUUUAUCCAUCUAUAAUAUCGCUCUGAUUGCUGUAGAUCGGUAUUUGGCUCUCUCAAACCCUUUUCUUUACAUGAACACAAUCUCAAAGCAGACAAUGAGCACUGUCGUUUUUACCAACUGGAGUGCUUCUCUGGUGUAUAACAUAUCACUGUGUUAUUUCAAUGGAAGCUUUUCAAGUUCUGUAUUGUGUCCUGGAGAGUGUUAUAUUUUUCUGAGUGAGGUUUGGUCUGUUAUUGAUCUUGUAGUUUCAUUUAUAUUCCCACUUUCUGUCAUAAUCAUAUUUUAUAGUCUAGUUUUUGUGAUUGCUAAGAAACAUGUCACUGCUAUCAGAGAGCUUAAUAAUCACACACGGCCUAAAACACAGAAAAUCACCUCACACUCCAUGAAAUCUGAGAGAAAAGCAGCUAAAGUCCUCGGUAUUUUAGUGUCUGUGUUUCUGGUGUGUUUACUUCCAUAUUUUAUCUACAGUUUAUUAGGAAAUGUUAUUGAACUACAGACAGAAACCUUUCAAAAAGUAUUUAUUGUGCUUUAUUUUAAUUCCACCAUUAAUCCAGUUAUUUAUGCUCUGUUUUAUCCGUGGUUCAGGAGGUGUGUUAAAUUAAUCAUAACUCUACAACUAUUCCAGACAGACUCUGAAUUAAUCAAUGUUCUGUCAUGA